AUUGUCAUCCCCACUGGGAAGCAACCAGAGACCCUGAGUGGGAUCCCGGACUGCUUGUGCCCUUUGGAUUGCUGGGGCAGUGUCAGGGAAAGGGGGUCCAUGCCCGGAGGCGAUGCAGUCAGACGACCUCUUUGUCCGCAAGAUCCGACGCCACUCGAACCGCCCGCAUCUCACCUCCCUCUCGUUUGACGCCUUCCGGGCCCCCAAGACUCCGGUGGGCGAGGGGCCCCACGCGGGGUAUUGUGGCCCUCCCCUGAGGUCCCCCAGGCGCAGCUAUCUGAUGCAUCGAAGCAACAGUGACGUGACUUUAAGCGAGGGGGAGCAGGCGGCCAACCCGUCCUCCGGUCCCCCCUUGCCAUCGGACCCGACAGGGAUUCCCCAUAACAGCAGUGGCCCAAACUCGUUCACAAAGGCUGCAGUGCCCCCUCGGGCCCGGGCACACAGCCACGAAGAGCCACGGGCUGGUAGCCCCACUGCACGGCGCUUCCGCGACCCCCUGCUCCUUCUCGGACUGGCAUCGAAUGAAGUGUGGGAGACGGAGGGAGAUGGAGUCCCUGCUGGUCCUGGGGAUGGGGGCAGCCUGUAUCCUGUGCCCCCCGAGGCACCCACACCAGUGUGGGGCCGCCACUUGGCCCACUACGACGUGCAGAGCAUCUUAUUUGAGCCCGGCGAGGUGGCCAGGGAAGUCGAGAAGCAGGGUAACGUCACCACAGGAGCGUCGGCCGCCUCACAGCCUCGCCUGGCGGGCAUGGUGCCCCUCCUGGAGGGUGAGGUGGGUGAGGACAAGGAUGGACCUCUGGUGCUUAGCUGUCCCUACUUCCGUGUGGAAGCUGGGGGUGAGACUGAGUGGGGGCUAGGCCAACACCGGGGGUCCCUGGCGGGCUUCCAUUGCCCCAAUAUGGCGGUUUCUGUGCUGGAGGAACCCCGCGAAAGCUAUGGACAGAGAACCAGCCGGGCAGGCCACGCUAUCGAAUACGCGGAUCUAGGCGCCUGCUACUACCGAAAGCAUUUCUUCGGCAAGGAGCACCAGAAUUUCUUUGGGAUCGACGACCAGCUGGGCGCGGUGGCUGUUUCCCUGCGGCGUGAGGAGAAAGAGGGCAGCACGGGCCCUCAGUACAAUUACCGCCUUAUCAUCCGCACAAGCCAGCUCCGGACCCUGCGAGGAUCUAUUCUCGAGGAAGUGCUGCCCCUUGCUAUCCGCCACAGCUCCCCUCGAGGAGUGGCCCCCAAGAAGCUGCUGGAGCACUUGAUCCCGGAGCUCAACUUGCCGUGCCUCCGCUUGGCCUCCAACUCCCCCAAAGUGCCAGAGACCCUAAUUAAAUUGGAUGAACAAGGGCUCAGUUUCCACCGGAAAGUGGGGGUCCUGUACUGCCUGGCAGGGCAGGGCUCUGAAGAGGAGAUGUACAACAACGAAGAGGCGGGGCCGGCUUUCCAGGAGUUCCUGCAGCUGCUCGGAGAUCGUGUGCGCCUGCGCGGCUUUGAAAAAUAUCGCGCCCAGCUGGACACCAAGACCGAUUCCACGGGGACGCAUUCCCUUUACACCGUGUACCAGGACUACGAGAUUAUGUUCCAUGUCUCCACCAUGCUGCCCUACACCCCAAACAACCGCCAGCAGCUGCUGCGGAAACGCCACAUUGGGAAUGACAUUGUGACAAUCGUCUUCCAGGAGCCGGGGGCCCUCCCCUUCACCCCCCGCGUGAUCCGCUCUCACUUUCAGCAUGUAUUCAUCGUGGUGCGGGUGCAUGAGCCUUCCACAGAGCACACUACCUACAGCGUGGCUGUCAGCUGCACCAAGGACAUCCCGCCAUUCGGUCCCUUCAUCUCGGCCGAGAAUUGCUUCGUGAAGGGCCCAGCUUUCCGGGACUUUCUCCUCGCCAAGGCUAUUAACGCGGAAAAUGCUGCUGAACGUUCAGGGAAGUUCCACGCAAUGGCGACCCGUACCCGCCAGGAGUACCUGCGUGACCUGGCCCUCAACCACGCCACCACCAGCACCCUGGAGGCCUCUUCUUCUCGCCUUGCACUCAUCGCUUUGGCUUCUAAGAAGCGCGAGAAGGCCAAGAACACAAAGGGGGCAGAGGCGCACAGCGCAGGGGCUUUGGUGUGGGGCGUGUGGGCAAGGGAUGGCAGUAGGGGGCCUGAGCGCAAGACCCCUGAGCUCCGGUGCCUGCUGGGCAUCUCGGCUGAGUUUCUAGUCCUCAUUGAUGCCCGUGAAAAGAGGGUGGUCUUUAACUGCUCCUGCCGGGACAUCCUGGCUUGGACUUUCUCUGAAAGCUGCACUUUGGACCUCUAUUAUGAGACGGGGGACUACAUUUGCAUGCGUGUGGACGAAGGGCAAGCGGCAGACAUCAAGGACAUUGUACACCGGCUGCAGUUGGUGACCCGAGGGUGCGAGACGCGGGAGCUCGCCUUGCUGCGGAACGGAGUCGGCCAGCUGGGGUUCCAGAUGGACCCGGAGGGUUUCGUGACCGAGGUGGAGCGCUUCACCUUUGCCGAGCAGGCCGGCCUGCAGCCCGGAGCCCGCCUGGUCCGCGUCUGUGAGAGAGCGCUGCCCAGCCUCAGCCACGGCCAAACCGCAGAGCUUCUGCGUACUGCCAAGAAGGUCACCAUCACUGUUGUUCCCCCGGAUGAGAAUGGGAAGCCCAGGAGGAGUUUCUCGGAGCUGUACCAGAAAUCCUUGCAGGAGAAGAGGAGGAGUGAGCCGCCAGCCGGGGAGGCAGAACUGUCCAGGCCGGGGAGCGAAGCCGGGUUCAAGCCAGCCACACUCCAGCUCCUCCACUCGCUGUCCCUGCAGGAUGGGCCCCCUCACAGCCUGGCAGAGGAGAGGACCGAGUUUCUCCAGAGUCACAGUGGCAGAUCUCCCUUGCCCUCCAACGCGGUACCAUCUCAGGACACCCCUGUCCUCCCCAGUCCCCCUCCAGACCUCAUCUUGGCUGCCACACCUAAAGUCCCUCCAGACCAGGGGAUUGACCAUCCUGGAGAUCCUGCUAUGAACAAGAAAGGUUCCAUCGUGGGUCAAGAGGUCAAAGGUUCCUGGUCUCUGCCCCCUGGGGACAGGGCAUCUUUCCCUUCUGAGUCCAGCGAAACGUUCCUGCCACGGACACUUUCUCUCAGGAACUCCAUCACCAAAAUCCUUUCUGAAGCUGGUGAUUCCCUGGAGGACGAGUGGGAGUCCAUUGCUAAUUUGGCAUCUGCUUGCAACAGCAUCUUGGAAGCCCUCUCCAGGGAAGGACAACACGUGCUGGAGAGCAGGGAAUCUUUGUGCACGGCCGUCCAGAGGGGCAGCGCUCUGCAGCAACCCACAGAGGAAACGCAGCAGGCUAUCAGCCUGGCUGACAAGGUCCUGCAUUUGGAAUCCACGCUCAAGAAACUCCAGGAAGAUCUUCAGAGGGAGAAGGCCGAAAAGGCAGCAUUGCAGGCAGAAGUCCAGAGCCUACAAGAGAACACUCAACGGCUGAAAGAGGCGUCGGAAAGCGCGGCGGUUCAGCUCAGCCAAGUCACGCAGAUGCUUGGGGGGCCUCCCACACCCCCUCACUGCCCCUGA